AUGCUCCACUUCGGCAAGAGGCUUGACAUCUGUGUCAUUGAAUGGUCUGUGAGCAACCACACCAUGGAAGAUGGUGGUCUGUCCCAGGAAAAUACUCUCGAUGUCCUCCAAUGUGCGCCUCGUGGUUUCUGGACAGAAGAGGAAAAUAGUCACUGCGGCAGCGGCGUUGGUCAUCGUGAAAAUGAUGUAUGUUUUCCAUCCGAGGUUCUCGGUGAUGAUAGGGGUGAUCAUAGCAAUCACGAAGUUGGAGAUCCAGUUUGUAGAGGUGCUGAUGGCAGUACCCUUGGCUCUGAGUUGCAAUGGCAGAAUUUCUGCACCAUAGACCCAUGGAACACAGUUCAUGGCGGCUCCGAAAAAGGCCAUGUAGGUGAAGAAGAAGGCCACAGAACCGGCAGAGCACUUCUUUCCGCCAAUUCUCAGCAGGAUAGUGAUCAUCAUCAUCGACACCAUCUGUCCCAGCGAUCCAGAGAUCAACGCAGUUCUUCUUCCAAUUUUGUCCAGCCACAAAGUAGGGAUGAAACCGAAGAAGAAGAAGGUAAUCAUGAUACAGCCACCAAGAAUGGUGGAGAUGUUGGUGCUCAUUCCAACGUUGCUCUCAAGCACCAUUGGCACGUAGUAGACAACAAGGUUGACACCUCCGAACUGGUUCCAGAACUGCACAAGCAUGGCUAG